AUUAAUUUAUUUUUAUUGAUGAAAAAUUUUAUUGACAAUAAAUCUCUAUUGGACUAAGAAAUAAUUACCAAUAAAUAUGGCUGAAAGUAAUGAAGUAGCAGAAUUGCAGCAAGAAGAAAAUGAAGUGCUGCUCUCCAUUUAUGAAGGAGACGAUUGCUUCAAGAACCCAGAGCCGUUAACCUUCCAAUACAAAAUCGGUGAAGCUGGUCAGUCAAAUUCUUUUUUGGUUGAGGUGAAGUGGACGCAAAACUAUCCUGAAGAAAUACCAGAAGUAUCAAUGGAUUCAUUCUUCAAUAAUCACUUGUCACACUCAACUAAAUCUGCUAUUAAAACAGCACUACUAAAUGAGGCUAGCAGUUUAAUAGGGAGCCCAAUGACUUACACUUUAUUUGAAUAUGCUAAAGAGAACCAGGAUGAACUAGUAGUGAAAGAACCUGAAGAAGAAGAACAAGAAGAAUGUGAAGCAAGAGAGAGUGCUGGAGCAACAGGUGAAGGAGCUGUCACUAGUAGCAGUAAAUCUAAACCAAAGGUUCACUUGAGUAAAGCAGCAAAGAGAAGACAAGCAGACAAACUAAACUCACAAAAGGAGCUACCAAGAGGUCAUGAUUGGGUUGACAUAAUAAAACAUUUGAGCCAGACAGGACACAAGUCAGCAGGACCAAUCUCAGAACCUACAUAUAAAAUGGAUAUUCCUCCGUAAGAAGACUAUAAAUUCAAGAGAUUAUUUUUAUUAAAAUUAAAUAAUAUGUAACAAUCAUAAUCUCUAACUCAAUAAAUAAUAAAUAACAGUAGUCAUGAUAAUGUCAUAAUUUUAUUUUUACACACAUUUACUAAUG